UACGCUCUUUCUCUGCAUCGAAGCGGUGGUAUAAAUUGUCUGCUACAGAGCGAACGGCAUCAGUUCUUUCUGUAACUACCUGUUAUCAUGAACGUAAAGGUCCUGCUCGUAGUUUGUCUUGCAGCCGUUGUUGCUGCGGACAGUUUUGAAUCCGCCGAAUCAGGUGAAUACAACUUCAACUGGGCUGUCAAACACGAUGAUUCCGGGAAUGACUUCGGCCACCAGGAAACUCGCAAUGGAGACAACACCCAGGGAUCCUACUACGUGCAGCUCCCCGACGGCCGCCUGCAGACCGUCAGGUACGUCGUAGACGGCGACAACGGAUACGUGGCCGAAGUGAACUACGAGGGCGAGGCUCGAUACCCCGACUCCAAUGAAUCAAAGUGAAGAGAUUCUGUCGACCCCUACGUGAAGUAAAGCGACCAGGAACACAAACGAUUUAAUAGUGUAAUGUUAAUGAGAACUUUGAUUACUAUCCAUUUCUUCGCCAGAAUUAUCUGGCACCCGUAAUUAUGUAAUUCCCCUCAAUUUUUGUUUUUAUUUUGUUCGGGAAUGUCUUAUUUAUUGUUGCUUUAAAAUAAAUUAUCUACAUAUAAAGAGA